UACUCUGUCGGCGUGCGUUUGAGGGACGGGCGGUUGGAGUACAAGGAGUUGCAGGGCGAUAGUGCACCACAAACGCUUAUUUCGGGAGGAGUCAUUCUAGCAAAAUAAUACUUAAAAACAACAAAAGGAAUCCCAGCCACGACUUAAUACAGAAACUUCUCUCCGACUGCUGCAUGUAUACGCCUGUUUUGGCAUCCCGCAAGUGACGGAAUCAAGGUGUUGGUGAUAGCUAGCUGCUUGCUAACAUCCCCCUUUCACAUAGCGUAGCAUCAUUAGCUUUGAAGCACAUUGCAACUAGACCGCCGCGGUCCCCUUCAACGCAGGACAGCACCUUGCUAGUGCCGUUGCACGCUAGCUAACAAAGGUAUCGUCGAUAGUUUGCUAACGUUAGCUAGGUAGUGAGCUAACGUGAAGUUGACCGCUGGAGACGCUAGCUAUUCUUCGUUGAUCACAUAAUCAACACCCAACUCUCCAACCACUUCACCCCUCUCCCUCCACCUCCCGAAACACUGGAAAUCCACAAGCGGCCGGAGAGCGGCGACGGGCCAGCGGCAGAGAAGCUGGGGGUGGUACCGGAACCGCACGGAGUCGUAACGGCUCAAUCAGAGAAGCCCAGUCGUGGGGACCUACCGACGACUAUGGACGGGCUGGCGGUGGAGGUUCGCGGCUCGAACGGGGCCUUCUACAAGGGGUUCAUCAAAGAUGUCCACGAAGACUCACUCACAAUAGUAUUUGAAAACAACUGGCAACCAGAGAGACAGCUGCCCUUCAGUGACGUGCGGCUGCCGCCCCCAGCCGACUACCACAAGGACAUCGGCGAGGGAGAGGAGGUGGAGGUGUACUCCAGGGCCAAUGAGCAGGAGCCAUGUGGCUGGUGGCUGGCCCGGGUGAGAAUGAUGAAGGGAGAGGUGAGUCAGGGACUGUUCUACGUCAUCGAGUACGCAGCCUGCGACGCCACAUACAACGAGAUUGUCACGCACGAACGCAUCCGGCCCGUCAACCCCAACAGCCCCUCCUCCCGAAACUCCUUCCACAAGGUCCCCAUCACUGUCCCCGAAGACCUCCGGGACAUCUGUGCGAACGACAACAUCCACAAAGACUUCAGGAAAGCCAUCGGAGCCAACUGUAUCUUCUACAGUGCAGCCUCACAUGAGCUCAUCGUGCUGUCAACGAACGAGACGUCAGUAAAGCGUGCUGCUCUCCUGAGCGACAUGCACUUCCGCAGCAUCCGUACCAAGCUCAUGCUCAUGUCCCGCAACGAAGAAGCCACUAAACACCUUGAGACAAGUAAGCAGCUGGCGUCAGCGUACCAGGAGGAGGUGAAGGUAAGGGAAGACCUGAUGGGUCUGGCCAUCGGCUCCCAUGGUGCCAACAUCCAGCAGGCCAGGAAGGUGCCCGGUGUCACCGCCAUCGAACUGGAGGAAGAGAGCUGCACCUUCAGGAUUUACGGAGAGACCCCAGAAGCAGUGAAGCUGGCCAGGGUUUUCCUGGAGUUCAAAGAAGACUACUUCCAGGUGCCCAGGAACCUCGUAGGCAAAGUGAUCGGUAAGAACGGCAAAGUCAUCCAGGAGAUCGUAGACAAGUCGGGCGUGGUGCGGGUCCGGAUCGAGGGGGACAACGACAAAAAGCUUCCCCGGGAGGAGGUAGGCAGGCAGGGGGCUGGCAGAGAAGACACUGCCCCUAAACAAGAGGGCAUGGUCCCCUUUGUCUUUGUGGGAACUAAGGAGAACAUCAGCAACGCCCAGGCCCUACUGGAGUACCAUGUUGCCUACCUACAGGAAGUGGAGCAGCUGCGUCUGGAGCGGCUGCAGAUUGACGAGCAGCUCCGUCAGAUCGGGGUGGGUUAUCGUGCUCCCCCUAGUCGGGUCGGGGGCACCGGUCCUGGGGACAGGGAGAAGGGCUACCUGACGGACGAGAGCAGCAACUCCACCAACCUCCACACCUCCCGCAUCUACGGAGGCCGUGGCCGAGGACGUAGGCCCUCCAACAGCCAGUACUCUGGAUAUGGUACCAACUCUGAGCAGUCCAAUGCCUCUGAGUCUGAGGACCUCAACGAGCGUGACCAGCGGCCCCGGGGCGUGGGUGGAGAUGAGAGGGGCUCCCGCCGGGGCGGCAGGGGCCGUGGAUCCAACACUGGACGGGGCCGCGGAGGACCAGCCUCACGACCUACUAACUCAAUCAGCUCCGUGCUGAGGGACCCGGACAGCAACCCGUUCUCCCUGCUGGAGGGUGAGAGUGAGCAGGGUGACACUGACGCUAGCGAGGGGGUGGGAGGGGUAGACCUCAGGAGACGCUCUCGCCGUCGCCGCAAUGACCAGGAGCCCAGUGUGAUGGACGCCGCCGCCACAGAGUCAGACAGCCAGGCCGGACCCAACGAGAACGGACUGGAUGAGCAGGGCAGACCCCAGCGCCGCAACAGGAGCCGCCGUCGCCGUAACCGUGGCAACCACCCAGAGGGAGGAUCCGCCAGCUGUGACAGACUGCCAGCUGAGGUGACCGUGGCAGACUACAUCUCCCGCGCUGAGUCCCAGAGCCGACAGACCCUUCCCCAGGAAACCCUCGCUGCUCCCGAGCCCAAAGAGAACGGGAGCAGUGCCAAGAGGGACGAGCACACGGCCCCCUCCAAGCGUUCCCCUAGCAACGGCAUGGCCACACCCAGCGAGACCCUGGUCAACGGCGUCUCGUAGAGGACUAGGCCCCGCCCCCUAAAAACCCACGUCUAGAGCAAGACUUCAUGGCAAACUGUCCCUGCUUGCAUUUACUUAAACCUUAAAACAGAUGAGUGAAAAACGACAAAAUACCAGAAAUUCAUACUACUACGAGAGUGAGAGGGGAGAGAAAGUACAAAAAAAAUGACAAAAGCAUCUUAAAAACACACGUAACGGUGUAUGUUAUCCUAUCUAUCAGUACUUAGUGCUUAUUUAAAUAAAAAAACAACUAGCUUGCCAGAAAAUAGCUGGUGGAUACGACUUGAUUUUUAAAGAAAUAACAAACACAGGACGAGACUUUAUUGUUAUUUUUGUUUUGCAAACUGUUUUAUUUUGAUGUUAUCACUGGUUUGGACUUUUGGCCGCUCUCCCAUUCAAACAGACACGUCUUUUACCAGUCUUUAAGGUCCGUAGGAUAGGAGGAUAGAUGAUGCUAGCUGGAGGAAGGGAGGGAUGGGCGGAUGAGUCCAAGAGGUGAAGAACAAGUGUCAGGAGUGUUACGUUACGUACCCUGGCCUAAACGUCGGUUGGGUGAUGACGCAGACAGACGGACAGAAAGUCGGACAGAUGUGAUUAUUGAUAGACAUUGUGCCUUGAAUUUGAAAAAAAAAAAACGUGUUUAUAGUUUUUUUUGUUUUUCACUGGAAAGAGGUUUUCUUUUUUUUGAGAAGAGAACAGACCAGUAGCGAGGGAAUGGGGAGUUAAACAAGUGCGGAGGUUAACUGGUAAUACGUAAAAAAACGAGGGAACGAAUGACUGGCCAGAAAAAGUCUGGUGCCAAACAAGAAAUUCAAGGCGCUUGUCCUCCCUAAGAGUGGACUGGACAGCGUUUGGUGUGUGUGUGUGCACGUGUGUUUGUACGUGUGUUUGUAUGUACGUGUGCACAGUUGAGAGCUGGCAACCACAGGAUUAAAAUGGAGUGGGUAGAGGACUAACACAGAAAUCUUGGAAUGUAGCCCUGGGUCAGUGGUGAGUUCACAAAGGCAGGCGAGGCCAGUAUUGGCUGGGAGGGUAGGAAGAGGUGUUGCGCCACUUCCCCUCUCUUUUGCUUGACGCUAGUGUCCAGGGCUGUCCCUACACACAGCCUUUCACACAGACCAACAGACAAGGAGAGAGAUUGAGGACUUGAUGUUAAGUGGAUUGAUUUAGACUUUAAACAAGACUUCAGUGCCUCUUUCUCCGAGCCUACUAGCUGUGUGGAAUAGGGAGGUAGGGUAACAUGGCGCUCUAGCUCCCAGUCACACUAACGCCUGGGUGAACUGCAGCAUGGCAGUCCGAACGCACACGCCACGGCGACCACGAGAGCAAGGGAGGUAGAGGGUAGAAGGGUCUGUGUGGCGUGGGUGGGGGAGGAGACGGACGGACUGCAGACUGACUGUGUGAUGAGCACAGCUUCAAAUGAGAUGAGUAGAGCCAUUCACACACUGUUACACGCACAUGCACAAACUGUGCGACCGCAACACGACACUGUUGCAAUUCAGUCACGGGAAGUGGGGCAGUGGGAUGCAGUCAGUGUGGUCGCCCCGCGUUGUGGUCGGAGGAGACAUGAGUGUUUUGAGAUGAACUAACUAUAAGCGAGGUGGCUGUCCUGUUCUUAAAAUGUGUCGUCCGAGGGGCGGGAGGGGGGAGACUCAAGACACUCUUAGUGGCUCGGUGGGCUCAUGUUGUUACUGUCGUCUUGGUUACCUCAACAACUUUUUUUGUUCUUUCCACAUCAUAGAAAAUGUGAAAUAAAAUGGAAGUGAAAUCAACAACUGUCUUUGAGAUGAAAUAAUUGAUUUCUUCUGUCUGAGUUUGCGCUCUAUUUUUCUAAAUCAAUAAACAAACCAACCAAUUUGCAUGAUCAUUUAGCAGUAGCUUUGCAUGAGGGAGAGGGUCACAUUUCAGUUUCACCAUUAUUUCAUCCACUACUAGAACUGCUGCUAAUGUCCACAUCGAAUGUGUUUAAGAAUCCAUAUCUUGGAGCAGGGCUCUCUAACCCUGUUCCUGGAGAGCUACCGUCCUGUAGGCAGGCUUUUGCGCCUACCGGACGGUAGCUCUCCAGGUCCAGGUUUGGAGAGCCCUGCCUUAAAGACACUUAAGACUUUCCACCACUCAUUGACCCACAAGAUGGCUGCCUUUUUACUGGGAUGACUAAGGAUAGAAUAAGCCCCAUCUCCUUUCAUACUAGUGGAAUUGUUUCUUACACUAAGUAUUACAAUACAUUUUAACACGAACCUGGAACAUCAGUGUUAAGUGUUCACACAGCCACGAGUAUUGAGUGUGGGUUAAACUGGGAUAAAGGUGUGUUUACUGGAUUAAAGUCACCCAGAUUGUGUUGUCCCCUUUUGGUUAAACUGUCUGUUUCUGUGUCAUGGUAUGAGAGCAGAGCGCUGAGUAUUUAAAAUAAGAGUUCAAUUGUGCAUGCCUGCAUGUGGGAUUAAGAGAGACAGAUGGAUCACUUAAUGUAUUGUUUGUGUGAAAUGUAUACCUCACUCGUGUCAGUACUGUAUCUCCCUCUUGUGACUCUGUAUCCCUAUGUCUUUCUGGGUGGAGAGAAUGUUGGUGUGUGUGUGUGUGCUAGUAGUACUGUUUAGGUACUGUCAACUCUUCACUCUGUCAGGUUUUGUCUCUGGUCUUCUCACUCAUGUUCUGAUGGCAAUAAAGGACUUUUCAUUGUUUGAUAAA